AGAUUUCGCCCUUUUAAACCGCAGGCUUCAAAUUCCAUAACGUCCAUCUCCAACUUCUACUCGAGUAAGCUUGGAUGAGUUGGAUCAAAGGAAGGCGAUGGAGCGAAGGUUCAAUUCACAUCCUUCUCACGCUCAGCGCUCUUCGAGCCCUGGCUUCAAUCGAGAUCAGGAUUCCGACUACCAAUACGGUAAAGGCAAGGCAAAAAGAGUGAGAUUUACAGAUGUUGACAGUGAGUGUGCACGAAAUAACAGAUCAGGGAAGAUGGUAUUCCCAAAACUUCAGAGUAUACGUACUUUAAAAAAGUGAAGGAGUCGUUGGGGAAGCAUGAUCAUCAGUUUCGGAAUAAAGAAAGUCAACAAGAACUGAAGGACAUUGGGAGUUGUUAUGCGAACGGCAUAGGAAAACUGAAAGAAAAAAUGAAGACACCUAACACUAAUGAUUAUAUUGGUGAGGCUUUGAGAAAAUCCACUCUGAACUGCCAUGUUGGACACACCAAGAUGUCAGCUCAGCCGGAAAAAGUAAUUCUGAAUAACCGGUGCAUGUCUGUCUUGCCCGGAGAAGAGAGAUGUAAGAGCCCUGUUGAGUAAUGCAGGAAUGCCCAGCAGGCUUAAAAUACCCUCGCAUUUCACAUCAUAAGACUAUCGAAGUCCUAGACAAAGAUUUGUAUUUAUCACCCCCUCGAAGUGCUCUCUCAAAACAUUCAGGCAGCCAAUACUUGGAGAGUCAAAUUUUUUCUGUGAAGAGGCAGAAGUUAUGCCGGUGGGCAGAAAUGACUUUAGCUGGAAGUCGAAACUCCAGUUCCCAGGGGUAUGACAUGUUGGCGGUGCUCCUUAGUCGUCUUUGCCCCAAUAGGAACGAGAACAAAGUAUGAUUUCUAUUUUCUCAUAAUAUGGAGCACAUUCAUCAUUUGACAAUUGCUCUCUUUCCUUGCUGAUAUUUAAUUUGGGCAUCGUUGUUAGGGUUCAACUGCCAUAGACGAUACUGGUUGCUCAACUGUUCUUACAGAGCUGAAUCUCUCUGAGAUGAGGCAUGAUGAUCAUAGUCACAUAAGAGAGUCAACCACACCAGAGGGUGAAUCAUUCCAAUGUAGGAAACUUUCUAGACAGUGGGGUGGAACAAGAAGCGUAAUGCAUUGGUCUGCUCUUCCUUCUUGCAAUUCAGAGUUCAACAAAUUAGAGUAUGAACCAUUCCAAUGUAGGGAACUUUCUAUAUUGUCUGGUGGAACAAGAGGCAUACUGGAUUGGUCUUCCGAGUUAACCACAUCAGAGCAUGAAUCACCCCGAUCUACAGAACUUUCCAGAUGGUCUGGUGGAACAAGAGACAAAAUCGGUUGGUCAGCUUUUCCUUCAUAUGAUUCAGAGUUGACCACAUCAGCGUAUGAAUCGUCCCAAUGUAGGGAACUUUCCAGGUUUGGUUGUACAGAAAGAGAUGCAAUGGGCUGGUCUUCUUUCGCUUCACAUAAUUCAGAGUUAACCACAGCAGAGUAUGAAUCAUACGAAAGUAGGGAACUUUCCAGGUGGUCUAGUGGAUUGAGUGAUAUAAUGGACUGGUCUGAUUUUGGUCCAUAUAAUUCUUCUACAAAAUGUAAAGCAAGACUUGUUCAGCACAGUGAAGCGGUGGAUAAUAAUUAUGCUUCAUAUAGUGUAACACCCAAAAGCUGGUUGAGACCUAUUGAUUCACCUGUGCACUUAAAGCAAGAGAGGUAUAGAUAUAGUGAUUGGUAUCAUCACGAAAAACAGGAUAGCUUCUGUUUACAGGAUGAAUCUUCAAGAAUUGUACCAGAAACCUUGUUGCUGGAUUGGGAUUUUGAUAAGGAGAAAGAUGAACCUGAACUAGGCAUAAUUACUGCUAGCAGCUGUGUGAACGAACUACAUUCACAAAUUGUAACUCCAACCAAACAUUCUCUACACGUUCAUGCCUCACCUUUCCCUCCAACUGCCUUGCCAGGGGAAGAGCUAAGUUCUGCACACUUUUAUUCGUUGUACAAUGAUGAUUGUGGCAAUGCAAUUUCCUAUUUUGUAAAUGAUCCUCAGAGUACUCCGUUCAAAGUUUUCAGUGAGAAGCGUCACUUAGAUUGCAGUUUCCUAUUUCCUGUGGUACUGAAUAUUUCAGAAGGGGACAUCUUAACUAGUUUCCCUUUGCCUGGUCAUUCUACUCUAUAUUCUGGUAGAAGUGCAUAUAGUAUUCAAUCACAUAAAGCAUGGAACUUAGGAAGUUCAAAUCCAAUCCAAAUCAAUUUUCAAGAAGUGUCUGACUCUCAUGAGGAGCACAUCUUUGACAGAAUGAUUGGCGGCCCUUUGUUGCUUAAAGACUCAAGUGGGGCUAGAUCAGAUGAGAAACCAUUUAUUGGACAUAAUGAUGAAUGGGAAAUGUAGCUGAACAUACAGGUACACUGGCAUAUAUGUGGAGGACUUGAAUAUAUGCCAUGUUGCAUUUUAUUUCAUAAAAGUGUUUCUUACUCCAUAUCUUUACAUCAGUUGCAUAUGGUUUUGGCACAGCUAUUAUAAAUGAACAGGAGUUUAGUAACUCUAAUUUGUUCCCUAAAACAAUAGUAACUCUAAUCUGG